AAAAUUUGUGGAUCUAAUAAAAUGUAUGAUUAAAAUUCGUUAAAAGUUACGUAACCAUACCAAACUACUGGUAAAGGUAAGCCAUUUAGAUUAUUACACCUAGAGACGAGUGUCCCUUUCCCAAUUUCCUGUUUCCUUGUUACUCCAGUUCCAUGUGACAUAAAGAAACAAAGUUCAGUUCACCAGUCUUUCUCCAAGAAACUCCAUUGAUUCCUCCAAUUGUGUGCGUCUAAUUAUAAUUCUUCAAGAUAUGAAGACUGGUGCAAAAUUCAUAGUCCUUCACCCGUCAAUCCACAAACCCGGCGGCGGUGGCGCGUUAGUAGUAGCUCUAUCUCACCGCACAUGGCUUCUGGUUCUCUUGCUCUUUUUCGCCUUCACUUUUGGUUUCACUUUAAUCACCAUCAGGGACGCUACAAGAACUUCAAGACCCAAUCGAAGCGCCACUGCCAAAGCCGCCACCGAUGCUCCGUUACCUAGGCCAGUCUUUGACGCGCUCCUCCACUAUGCGUCUAUAAAUGACACAGCCUCCGGUCGGAUGUCAUCGGCUGAGCUGAAGAGUAUCUCCGCCGUGCUCCGCCGCUGUGCUGCCCCCUGUAAUUUCCUUGUUUUCGGUAUCGCCCACGAGACCCUUCUCUGGAACUCCCUCAACUACAACGGCCGUACAGUUAUCGUGGACGAAAGCUCGUACUUAGUCUCCAAGCUUGAAGAAAAGCACCCCAGAAUCGAAGCUUACGAUGUGCAAUUCACCACCAAAGUCAGCGAAUUGCACCCUUUGAUGGCGCAUUACAGAUUGCAGAAGAAAAACGAAUGCAGGCCGGUGCAGAAUCUCUUGUUUUCUGACUGUAAAUUGGCAAUAAACGAUUUGCCAAACCACAUAUACGACGUCCCAUGGGACAUAAUUCUGAUAGACGGGCCACGCGGCUACUUUCCAGCAGCGCCAGGGAGGAUGACGGCGAUAUUUACUGCCGGAGUUUUAGCAAGGAGUAAACGAGGCGGCGUGGACAAAACCCAUGUGUUUGUGCACGAAAUUGAGAGAGAAGUAGAGAAAUUAUGCAGUGAUGAGUUUUUGUGCAGAGACAAUCUGGUGGAGACUAAAGAGAAUUUGGGGCAUUUUGUGGUAAGCAAAAUGACGGCGGCGCGUGGGUUCGAGUUCUGUCCAACUCCGAUUCAUCAUUCUCACCGGAAUUAAAUUCAUCUGACGCAAAAGAUCGAGGAAUUAUCGUCCCUCUUUUUUUUUUUUCCUUCUAAUUUUAGAUAUACAUAUACGAUGGUGUGUAACUUAUAUAGGUUUUCAAGAUCCAAAUAGUAGACGCCAAACUCUGAGAAGUACAAGAUCGAUUUAUCUAUCUACUUUCAUUAAUAUUAGAUUGAAUCGAACCACAAGCAAUUUGUACUUCGAAAAUUUGUAGUCUUUAAUAGUUUGAAAUUAAAUAUCUUCUCUUU